UAAACGGCCAUAUAAUUUUUAUACGGCUGAGUAGAUCCCCACAAGUCAAGGGAAUUGAUUCCAGUUGUGCAUUAUUACGCUUUGGUAUCCCAUUGUUGAGGGCUCGGUAUCCUUUUGGAGAACUGAAAAACUGUUUUUUAAGCCGCUGAAAUUACCGAAAAAUGAUUCAAAAAAUCUGCUGUAUCGGUGCCGGUUACGUAGGUGGGCCAACCUGCAGUGUAAUAGCCCUGAAAUGUCCGGGCAUCUGCGUAACAGUUGUGGAUAAGAGUAAAGAUAGGAUAGCCCAAUGGAAUUCUGACAAACUCCCAAUUUAUGAACCCGGCUUGGACGAAGUAGUGACCCAAUGCCGGGGAAAAAAUCUCUUCUUCUCCACGGACAUAGAGACUGCAAUUCAAGAGGCGGAUCUAAUCUUCAUCUCGGUUAAUACACCUACUAAAACGUUCGGAAAUGGCAAGGGACGUGCCGCGGAUCUCAAGUAUGUCGAAAGUGCAGCGAGGAUGAUUGCUGAAAUUGCGACAAGCGAUAAAAUUGUCGUGGAGAAGAGCACUGUACCAGUUAGAGCUGCUGAAAGCAUCAUGAAUAUUCUCCGAGCUAAUCAUAAACAUGGAGUGUCUUAUCAGAUUCUCUCGAAUCCUGAAUUCCUGGCAGAAGGUACCGCAGUCCAGGAUCUAGUACACGCAGACAGAAUUCUCAUCGGCGGAGAAGACACCCCCCAGGGCCAGGCAGCCAUAGAAGAGCUCUGCAAAGUAUAUGAGCACUGGAUCCCACGUGAGAAUAUUCUGACGACGAAUACGUGGAGCUCAGAGCUAUCAAAACUAGCUGCAAAUGCCUUUUUGGCGCAGAGAAUAUCUAGCAUAAAUGCCCUAUCCGCUAUUUGUGAAAAAACCGGGGCCGAUGUGUCCGAAGUGGCGAGAGCUGUUGGCCUUGAUUCGAGAAUCGGCUCGAAAUUCCUUCAGGCAUCUGUUGGUUUCGGUGGCUCGUGCUUCCAGAAGGAUCUCCUCAAUCUCGUGUACCUCUGCGAGUGCCUCAAUUUACCGGAAGUCGGCAAAUACUGGCAGGGAGUCAUCGACAUGAACGAGUACCAAAAGUCCAGGUUUUCCGAUCAAGUCAUCCAGUCGUUGUUCAAUACUGUCACUGAUAAGCACAUUUCGCUGCUAGGAUUUGCCUUCAAGAAGAACACAGGGGACACAAGGGAGUCCCCAGCCAUUCACGUGGCAAAAACUCUUCUUGAUGAGGGAGCUGUUCUACAUAUUUAUGAUCCCAAGGUCGAAGAAUCACAAAUAAUGGACGAUCUAUCAUCGCUGGGACUGUCAGACUUGAAAAAAAGCGUAAACAUUUAUCACGAUGCCUACACUGCAACGAAAAAUACACAUGCCAUCGUUGUGUGCACCGAGUGGGACGAAUUUACGGAAUUGGACUACAAGAGAAUUUACACCGAAAUGACGAAGCCCGCCUACAUAUUCGACGGCAGAAAAAUUCUAAAUCACGAUCAUCUCCAGAAAAUAGGAUUUAAUGUUCAAACGAUUGGGAAAAAACUCUCACGAAGCGCUGUCUCACGGGUUUGGGGCAGUCAGACACAAGCAUAAAGUAUUUGUUCUUAUGACACAUUCCUUGAAUCAUAUAUCAAUUUUAAAAGAGUAUUUUUUCAUAGGAAUUUUUAAUUUCGUUUCAUGAGAAGACACGAUCGAAGUUUUAUGUAUUACGUGUUCAUGACUUUUUUUAACUGAAAUUUUGAUGAUUAAUAGAGUUUAAUUUUCUGUGUUCGAUUUAUUGUUUAUUGAUGCAUUUAUAAAAUUUUAUUGACGAAUAUUUGUACAAAUUUAUGAGAUUAUAGCACAGAAUUACGAAAAAAUGGAUCUUUAGUUUUUUAUAAAACCGUAAAGAGUCGUUUUGAAAUGGUAAUAAAUAAAUAAUUCGCAAAGAUUUAGAAUCAAA